UCACUCUGUCACUCACUGCAACUGUGGUUGAAGGAAGGAUAACAUAAAACUUGAUAAUAACAAAAACAAUGAAGAUUAAAGAUCCGUGUACAUAAAUAAAGUAGGUAAAUAAACAGAAAUAUUUAAUUCUUCGAAUAAUAUCUGAUAAUGUUCCUAUGAUAUCGGGAUUAAAAUAAGGACGAUCAAGAAAUUAAUGUGAAAUUUCGGUUUCUACUUAUGCCCAAAUCAUCCCCUAAUGACUUGUGAAUCUUGAUUUGGGGUAGGUAUGGCAGAUACAGACGGUGCAAGUGAAAGUGCUAGUUCGAUUGGCGAUGAAGAAAGGGUUCGAAGACUCUUCCAGGCUUGUGAUGCAAAUGGAGAUGGAUACAUUGAUAGUCAAGAUCUCCUUGCUAUAUGCAGAGAAUUAAGUCUAGAAGACUCCCUAGAUGAGCUCAUGCUUCAACUGGGUGCUGAUUCACAAGGCAGAAUUUCAUAUGAGCAAUUUUUGCAAAGGAGGUUAGCUCUAAGGCCAGAAAUUGAUGCAUUAAAAACUGCCAGCAAAGAUAACAUCAGUGACCAUAGUCAAGGCAAACUGGAUCAGUGGGAGUGGGAUUCAGGUGCAAGGGAUAUGAGUCCAGUGCCCAAGAACAUACUGAAGAAUACAGAACACUAUACUGAAUUAGAAUUCAAGGUGAGUUUUUAUUAUCAUUUUUAAGUACAACUAGAAACAACAAAUAGUCUAAUUCUAAUAGUUUAUAUCAUAGUCAAGCAUUUUUCUUGAAGUUAUCCACCAGAUAUUCAGAAAUCCAAUAUCUAGUAUUCUUUCUGUGAACUUUCUAUAAGGUACUUGCAAGUAUGAACAAUUACUUUCAUAAGUGUCACAUUCAUUGCUGUAUUGAUCUGCCCACACUAUUGAGAAUACACCCAAGUUCAUGUAACGAAUUAGGUUAGCAUUGAAACAGUGUUGAACAUACUUCAGAUGGUUUAAUGAUUCUGGAUUUGCUAAGUCUUGACUAACUAAAGCCAAGUCAUUUGCACACUGCACAUAUUUUGCUCUGAAAGUUUGCAAAUCAGGGUUGUGGGUAAUAGAGUAGCCCAAAAAUCCUAAACCAGAUAGAUAUAUAGCUGAUUUUAGUUUUUUCUGCUUCAUUUCUUGUUUCAAGUUGAUUGCAACUUCUGUGUAGUCUCUCACAACAAGUUUCCAGUAUUUCAUCCAUUUUUCUAGGAAUGUGCCUUUCACUUUAGUACUCAAUUUAUUGCUUGCGCUCUUCCAUCCUUCAAUGGAAUAGAUAUUUCUAUUGGAAUGAUGAAAUCUUGGAAAUUUCCACAUUUUCAAGACUUUUUAAGUUAGGUUAAGAUAUCUCUCAGAAGUAAAAUCUUUGAAAGUCUUGCUCUUCCAUUUCCAUGGAGAAACUAAAAAUAUUCAGCUCACAAGUAAUUUUCGAAAUUUGUCAAUCAAAUAUCAAAAAAAAUAUCAGGAACAGGAACUCUGCAGAAAAUUCAAUGUUGAUGGUUUUACUUGACAAUCUUGACAUUUU